AUGUUAUUAAACCCUCCACCUCCUCCAGAAGAUUCCCCUCAAGCUGCCAUCUCGGCUCUUUCAAAACUUGGUCGUGCUCCUUCUCGUUACAGAGGAAAGCGUAGACCAUCUGCUGUUGCUUCAGCUUCUACUUCUACUUCUACUACUGCUGCUUCACAAGAUCAACAACAAGAUAACAACAACUACAACAACAACAACAACAACAACAACAACAACAACAACAACAACAACAACAACAACAACAACAACAACAACAACAACAACAACAACAACAACAACAACAACAACAACAACAACAACAACAACAACAACAACAACAACAACCAUUCAGAACAACUUCACCAUCCCUCUCAACCUGAUCAAGAUACUCCACCUAUUCCUGCCCAUGUAGAACCUAUCUCUCUUGGUUAUCGCAAGGUUUAUCAUAAAGACUCUGUAGCCUCCCAAGAAGCAGUCUAUGGCACCACUAUCUCCCGUGAAACCACCCCUUCAUCUCCACCAAAAUCACGUCCUAAACAUGCCCCAUCCACAGUCUUUAACCCACUCAACCCCUUUCUUGCAAGCCUUCAAAAUGAAGAGUCUCAAGAAAAACUUCACUUAUCCUCCCCUCAUCCUUCUUCUUCUUCUUCUUCUUCUUCAAACCUUGAAGAAAAAAUUGCAAUCUCCAAAAAACACCUUGAGGCCGUAUCUCGCUCGUUACACAUUGCUAAGCCAACCACAGCCCCAACUCUAGACGAAAUCCACGCAUCCCACGCACAAAAAUCAAACUCUCCCAAAGCAACAAUCAAGUUUCAUUGCUCGCUAUUAUCUACUACCAACUUUGUGGAAACCCUAUUACUAGAUCAAACUUUUUCCUCAGUACUCAAAUCCUUGGUCCCAUCCCUCUCUUUGCCCUCCUCAGACCCUGAUGAUUACAUGCUCUGGGAAGUCUGUCCAUCUCUUGGCCUCCGCAGACCUCUUCGCUCUGCUGAACUUCUUCGAUUUGUCUACGAAUCAUGGCCAAGUGUUACAUCAAACUUUCUUCAACUAGAUUCCUCCGAUGCUCGUCUCGAUAUGAGCUCUCUUGCAUUUUUGACUCCACGAAGAGACGUCCUCCAAGCUGGCCCUUCAGGACCCUCCUUCUACGCAAAAAUGCAAUAUAAUGUUGGCCCCAAGUCUUGGAAAAAAUGCUAUCUCUCAGUCACUAACUACGGACUCAUCAUCUCACGUAAAUCAGGUCCUAUUGACCAUGUUGCUGCUAAAGAUAAGCGUGUUAUUUCCCACCUUUGUGAAUUUGACGUUUACGAGGUAAGCGCAGGCGCUAAAGCCCCAGCCCGUUAUACCAUGGCCAUUCGGUCCCAACAACGUGGUGACAUUUUUGUUGAUAAAAAGGAUUCCCUUCAUAUCUUUGCAACAGAUAACGCUCAGGACUAUGCCGUCUUCCGUAACAUUGUCUUUACUCUACGAGCUCAAGCUUGCGACAAAGCUGCCAAGGCGCAGCUUAAAGAAUCUAAGGGGUCUUCAUCCGGAACUUCGACGCCUGCAAGAAUAGACUCUCGAACUCCAAUAACGGUAACAACAACAAAUUCAGACCACAACCCCUUUAGAGAUACAAAUUCUCCCCAAAACUCUCUUUCCCCGUCAUCCACCAUUUCUUCAUCUUCUUCUUCCUCGUCUGCUUCCUUUGACCGUAAACAUCCCCAUGGUCAUGAAACUCUUUUGGACCAGCAACGCAAGCUAACUCAAGCCGCGCUAGCUGCUGCCCCCCUCUAUGUUUCUCACCAUAACCACCCUACCCUUAUUGAUUCCAUUGGCCCCCAGAAUAAUCCAUAUAUCCCAGAAACUACCCAAUCUUUAAAUCGCCAGGAUCAACAGGGCCCAGUCAUGUUCCAGCCAGAUAGUUUGCUGGCCCAAAUGAGCCAUGGAGGCCCCCCACCAAGCGUCGAGGCUGUUGCAGCUGCUAAUGGUGUGUCAAGGCAUAAUACUACAUCCAGGUCUUCGCCCCGAAGCCCAUUUAAACAUACGCUCAGUAGUCGUUCGUGA